AUGGGAAAACAACAUGUUAUAAGACAUGUCGAGGAACAUCAUCCAACCGUUGUUAUCAAACGUCGGCGAAGUGCGACCUCCACAGACUCUGGUGAAAUUACAUGGUUUCCUCAUGGAAACCCGAUUAAAGUGAAACUACGAUGGAGCACAUGGAGGUCGAGAAAUCCGCCGCCGAGAACCAUCACCAGCGGUUCACUAAACGGCAAGGAUCUCCGAGAAACCGUCGUCAGUAUACUGAAGCAGCGUUUGUUCUACAUCCCUUCUUUCAAGAUCUAUUGUAGCCCCGCAGGGUUUUACGAUUACGGCCCUCCUGGAUUUGCCGUUGAAUCCAAUAUUAUUGAUUUUUGGCGUCAGCAUUUCGUUGAAGAGGAGGACAUGUCGGAAAUGAAAUGUUCAUGUGUGACACCAGAGGCUGUUCUCAAGGCAUCAGGUCACGUGGACAAAUUCAUUGAUCUUAUGGUCAAGGAUGAGAAAACCGGAACGUGUUACCGUGCGGACCACUUGCUCAAGGAUUACUGCAACGAGAAGCUGGAGAAAGAUGUCUCUGCCGAGAAAGCUGCUGAACUUAAGGAUAUCUUGGUGCGAAGAUCAAAGAGUUCGGGAUCACUGCUCCAGGCACGAAGAACCCACUCUCUGAUCGAUCCUUACCCUUUCAACUUGAUGUUUAAAACUUCCAUUGGACCUUACCUGCGCCCUGAAACAGCACAAGGCCUUUUUGUCAACUUUAAGGACUUGUAUGCUUACAAUGGGGAAAAACUUCCUUUUGCCGCCGCUCAAGUUGGUCCAGCAUUUAGGAAUGAG